UAAUGGAAAUCCUAUGUUGACUAAUAAUAAUGUUUUAGUAUUUCAAACUUGAAAACUAGUUAUAAAUAUAAGUAGUCCAUAGCCUUCUUUUGCACUGCAAAUCACUUUCUUACUGCAGAUUUGUCCAUCAUUCUUUGUUUUCCUUGAAGUUGAAGCAUUAUGGCAGAUGAGGUGGUUCUGCUAGAUUUCUGGGCGAGUCCAUUUGGGAUGAGGGCGAGGAUUGCACUUGCUGAAAAGGGUAUAAACUAUGAGCGCAAAGAACAGAAUCUGAAGAACAAGAGUUCUUUACUCCUACAAAUGAACCCGGUUCACAAGAAAAUUCCGGUUCUUAUCCACAAGGACAAGCCCAUUUGUGAAUCUCUCAUUGUUGUUGAGUACAUUAAUGAGGUUUGGAAUCACACAAAUCCCUUGCUGCCUUCUGACCCUUACCAGAGAGCACAGGCAAGAUUCUGGGCUGAUUAUGUUGACACCAAGAUAUUUGAUACCCUAGAGAAGAUUUCGAAAGCAAAAGGAGAAGAAGAAACAGAAGUUGCGAAGAAAGAGUUGAUAGAAGCCCUAAAAUUGUUUGAGGAACAACUGGGAGAUAAAAGUUAUUUUGGAGGAGAAAAUCUUGGUUUUGUGGACAUAGCACUUGUCCCAUUCUACCCUUGGAUAAAAUCCUUUGCAGCUUUUGUGGGCCUUAACAUAGAAGAUGGUGAGUAUCCGAAGUUGAUUGUUUGGGCCAAGAGGUGCCUUCAAAAAGAAAGUGUUGCCAAGUCUCUUCCCGAUGAGCAGGUGGUGAAUGAGUUCACAAGAAAGAUCUUCGGCAUUCAGUAGGUUCCAGCUUAAAUGACAAAUUGAAGUAUUGGUUAAUUUUUUAGGUUUCCAUUAAGUAGUAAUAUUUUUGCAAUAAAAGGCAUUUUGAUGUGCUAGAUUAUUGUUUUUUAUGUAAGAGUGCAUAUUUUUUAAAAGAAAAUUUAUAUAUCAAUACACAUAUGUGAGGGAGUUUUUUCUUCCA